AUGCCGGUGAGGGCCAUGGGAAACCAGUUGGCCAUCACCCUGUCAUCACCCCUCGCCUUGAGGACGGCUUCCUCAUACGCCAGCAGGAGACAGCGGAGGGUGUCGGUGCUCGCCUCGGCGCGCGGCCUCGUCUGCCUCCGCGGCUGCGCCACCGGUUUCUACUACAUCGCCAACCGGCUCACCUUCCGCCGCGUGCGCCUCCCCUACCAGAACCGCGAGCACCGGCUCGACGCCGACCCGGCCGUCGUCAUCGCCUUCGAGGACGACGACGUGGGCGCCGCCGGCGCCGUCGGCUUCCGCCACUACCACGUCGUCGUCACCUACCAGGUCCACGAUGGCGUCUGGGCCGUCGAGUCCUUCUCCACCCGCACCUGGGACUGGCGCGUCGGGGACGACAUCUGCGCGCCCGAGACGGUCGUCGCCCAGUCCGGGGUCGGCGCGCGCGGCCGCGCCUUCUUCCGCACCACCAUCGGCCACAUCCUCUGCUACACCCCGGAGACGGGCUGCGUCGACCUCAUCCCCGCGCCCCAGGAGGUCGAGGGCCGCAAGGACUGGGAGAUCGGCGAGAUGGAGGGCAACUUCUGCGUCGCCUGCGUCGACCAGCCCGCCAAGGAGGUGACCGUGCUCUACAUGGUGCCCGGCGACGGCGCCGACCAGGUCACCUGGGCCUGGGCGGGCCAGUUCCACGCCAACAAGAUGGGCUACCACGGGCCACGGCAGGAUGACCCUGCUCCGCUCCAGGGCGCCGCCGAGGUGGUCAUGUGGGAUCCUUUCGAGCAGCUCGUGCUCGCCGUCGACUUCGAUGGCAGGGUCACCCGCUGCAUCGGCCCCCUCUCCGGCGGGAUGUACUACUCGGAUUUCAUCCCCUACGUCAACUCAUACGCCGACAUCUACAGGUACUGCUUAGAUUAAACUCGAUCCAGCCUCCUCUACUCUAUUUUGCCGCUUGCAUUAUUAUUAUUGGAUCUUUUUGAUCGGUUUAAUUCAGAGACUUUGAUGUUUCUGAAUCUGAUGUCAAAGCAUGUCCACAUCUGCAGAACUGUGCUGACUAGUAGUAGAUCGAUGCAUAUUGAAUAUAUAUACGUGUUGACUGUCCCUGUAUUGACCUUUGCACGACUAAUCUUUCAAGUGUGGAUAUAUAUUGUCAGUCUCAGUCUCGAGUCUGCACUUCUGUAGGUUUCUGAUGUGAAACACCUAUGCACGACUUAACUGUUUACUGAUACAAUUUCCUGAAAGUUGAGCUUUUCUUGACUAAUCAAGAACUCCCCUCUUUAUGUGAGUAGAUGAAUUGUCAGUCUCUGCACUUCUGUAUGUUUUUGAUGUGAAACACUUAUAAUUUCUUUGGUAGACAAGCAUGGAAAUAUCGAUUAACUUUACUGAAAUUUGAGCUUUUCUUAACUAAUCAAGAACUCCCCUCUGUAUGUGAAACACCUAUGCAUGACUAAUUCUGCACAGCAACAUGUCAGCUCUGUUCAAUUCUGAUUUCUGAAUGUUUCUGAUGUGAAAGCUUAUCAAAAGCAGUAGGAUUGUUUGCUGGUGAUAUCUGCAUGACUAAAUGCUGGUCGGUGGUGAUAUCUGCAUUUGUACUGUUUGGUGGUGUUGACCGUUUUUGUAGUUAUCUGAAUUGCAUGUUUAUUUGGAUCCAAUAGACCUUUUCACGACUAACUUAAGUUUGGGUUUAUAUUAUUGCCACAACCUUCCUGGAAGGCUCGAGUGGAGAGAGUGCGGGUUGAAUAGGAAAAAAGGCAGGGACGUUUUGGCAAAAGUGUGUGCGCUGACUGGUCCAGCCACCUGGCUGCCAAUUGUCGAGCUGUGAUUGGCCUGGGACUAAAUCAUCACAUGAGGUGCAAGUUGGGGUAUGGUGGAGUCAAGUUUUGCAAGUUUGGGACUGAAUCAUCACA